GGCGCUCCCGGACCGGCGCGGCUGGGGAGGGGGUCGGCGGCAGCAGCAGCAGCCGGCGGUGGUGGCCUCGCCUGGGAGAGGGUGUGAGGGCCUCCGCUCCGCGCAGCUGCCCGGCCGGUGGCUGCCGCUGAACAGCCCGAUCGAAGCCCCCUCUCUUCUGAUCCCCUCCCUCACCCCCUCUGGCCCAGCCACCGUCUCCUCCGCCGCCCCCAUGGACUUACUGGGCCCCAUGGAGAUGACGGAGGGCUCCCUCUGCUCCUUCGCGGCCGCCGAUGACUUCUACGACGACCCGUGCUUCAACACGUCGGACAUGCACUUCUUCGAGGACCUGGACCCCCGGCUGGUGCACGUGGGGGGCCUGCUGAAGCCCGAGGAGCACCCGCACCACCACGGGCACCACCACGGGCACCCGCACGAGGAGGAGCACGUCCGAGCACCAAGCGGGCACCACCAGGCUGGCCGCUGCCUGCUGUGGGCCUGCAAGGCUUGCAAGAGGAAGACCACCAACGCCGACCGCCGUAAGGCUGCCACCAUGAGGGAGCGGCGGCGGCUCAGCAAGGUCAACGAAGCCUUUGAGACCCUCAAGCGCUGCACCUCCACCAACCCCAACCAGCGCCUGCCCAAGGUGGAGAUCCUGCGCAACGCCAUCCGCUACAUCGAGAGCCUGCAGGCGCUGCUGCGGGAGCAGGAGGACGCUUACUACCCGGUGCUGGAACACUACAGCGGGGAAUCAGAUGCCUCUAGCCCUCGCUCCAACUGCUCCGAUGGCAUGAUGGAGUAUAGCGGGCCUCCUUGCAGCUCUCGCAGAAGAAACAGCUAUGACAGCAGCUACUACACAGAAUCACCAAAUGAUCCAAAGCACGGGAAGAGUUCUGUUGUUUCCAGCCUUGAUUGCCUCUCAAGCAUUGUAGAGAGGAUUUCCACAGAUAACUCCACGUGUUCUAUACUGCCUCCAGUGGAAACUGUUGCUGAAGGGAGUCCCUGUUCCCCCCGAGAAGGAGCGAGUCUGAAUGACAGCGGAACCCAAAUUCCUUCCCCCACCAACUGCACCCCACUUCCCCAGGAUAACAGCAGCAGCAGCAGCAACCCUAUCUACCAAGUGCUAUAAAGGCAGGUCCAGCUGGACUGCACUGAAAACAAAUUGCUCUGUUCAGCCACACUCCAAGACCUGCCUUCUAAGACUAAAAAGACUUCUCAAGACUUGUUCCAGUUUUAAAAUAUCACUGAAAAUUCCUUCAAAUAUAUAACUUUUCAAACCUGUAUUACUUCAAAAUACACCUAGUUAUUUAUUGGUUGUUACGCUAAAGUUAUUUAAUAUGUCUAGAGAUAAAAUUGUAUACCAUGAAAUGGCCAAUGUUUAAUCUCGGCUUUGGGGAAUAGGAACCUGGCUCCUGAAUGCAGAGGAGAAUAGAAAUCUACAACAGUGGUGUGGCAUGACAGAUCCUUCCUAUUACUCCCGUUCUGGCCAAAAUAAGGUUGUGGACCAUUUUUUAUAAAACUUUUUGUAUAACUGUAAAUAAGAGUUGCUUUGCAAAAAAAGGAAAAAAAGACGAAAAGAAAGAAAAAAAAGAAACAUAAGCAAAAAUUAAACACAAAACAAAAAGGGGAAAAAAAAUUAAAAAAUAUUUAAUAUUGCUUGGUUUGUUGUGUCAAACUUUUAACUUUAUAUAUUUAUACGAUGUGGUUGCCAAGAAUGUUUUCAACAGUAUUCUAAAUAAAGACCCUUAUUUAUAAAA